GAUUGCUUGUGCAUUAAGUUAAAUGCAAAGCUGGGUAUGUUUAAACAUUCACGUUUAACUAUAAUUUAACUUGUACUUAAAGCACCUGACCACUUCCGCCAUUUUUGAGACAUGAAUAAUGAUAUACUAGUACAUAAUUGCGCAGUUGAAUAUUUCCAAACUUUGAAAAAUUUCCUGGAAAGAAAAACAUUUACAUGGAAUUCAAUAAAUAAUGUCUGAUAAAACGGAAACGCAAGAGAAUCUUACAGCUGGAAAAAUAUGGGAGGAUUUUAUUGAAACAACUGGAUUUCAUGCAGUUAAUAAAAUUGAUUUCGGAAAGAAGCAUCCUCCUGGAAGAACUUUAUUCUGGAUGUGUAUAUGGUUGUUGUCAGCUGGUUACCUAAUAUUUACUGUUACAACUGAAUUAAUAUCAUACUACAAAUACCCAACAACAACAACUGUGUCUGUGAAGAAUAAUGAUGAGCUCGGUUUUCCAGCUGUCACCAUCUGUAAUCUCGCUACAAGGAACAGAAGCAUGUUCACAGAGAAUGACCAAACGGAUGCAUAUUACCUAGGAAUAUCCGCUCUGUACGACACUGCACCAAAAGUAAAUUGGAGUGAUCCAUUUUACUCAACAGAAGGAUAUUUUAAUGAACGCACUCUCGAUGAUCUUUACAUGGAAUCGAAAUCUUUAUCUAAGUUUAUUACAUUUCACAAGUUUGACCUGAAACACUUUUAUCUGAAUUAUACACCAGUCUCAACAGAUCUUGGACUCUGUGUAAGAUUUAACAUGGGCAGUCCUCCAGAGAAAACUGUCAUGCACGGAGGAGUAUAUAAUCUACAGAUGUACAUAGAUCUUCGUCUUGAUGAUGAUUUUUUUGCUGCAACCUAUCUUUCCUCUGGAUUAAAGGUUGUUGUGCAUGACCAAAGCGAGGUUGUACUGAUGGCAAAUGACGGUUUUGUUGUACCUGCCGCUUCUGAGGCUUUAAUAGAAAUUUCAAGAAAGGAGUACAAAUACCUACCACCUCCAUUUAUGGCAUUUGAAGAUGACACAUGUGAAGACAAGAGAUCCAACUAUAGUACAUCUAAAUGUCAUCAACGCUGUUUGCGAGAUUUCCUACUACAACAAUGCAGUUGUGUUGGUUUUAUGUUUAACAGUCCCACUGGAAAAUAUUGUUCAAAAGAAAGAUUUUCAGAGUGUUUUAUGCCGGAAUUUUGGAAUUUUUUGAAAAAAGGCGUCAAUUGUAGUUGUCCAUUCCAAUGUCAAUAUACAGAGUAUGAUACAAAAUUGUCAUUUGGUUUGUUUCCCUCUACAUUUAUGUUGAAAUCAUUGGCAACCGUGCUCAAUGAAACAGAGGAUUACAUCAAAAAUAAUUAUAUCAGUCUAACAUUGUUUUAUAAAGAUUUGAAGACUACAAUUACUGAACAGAAACCAAAGUAUGAGAACGUUGGAGAUGUUUUUUCUAAUGUUGGCGGACAAAUGGGAUUAUUUCUUGGUGCAAGCAUUCUAACCGUUACUGAGCUGUGCGAAUUUAUUUUGUUUGUCGCAUGGUAUUUACUUGUUCAUCUUUUUAGAAGAAAUGUAGUUGUUCAAAACGGAAAUAAAAUACACCUAUCGAUUCAAGAACAGAAAAAAUAAUUAUCUUUUCAUCUCUAUAUUUGCUUAGAUACAACUUUAUCGGCAAUUUAUAUUCUUAAAACUAUUCUAAAGGUACUAAUUUUCAGUGAUUUCGUGGGUUAAAGUGAACCGCAAUUUCAAUUGAUCACCGAAAUACAUAUUGAUAUAGACUUGUAUUGAGAAAAUUACGAAAACCACAAAAUCAUGUAUCCACAAAAAUGUAUUUCUUGAAUGCACGAAAAAUUAAUAUCCAAGAAAAUGAAUGAAUCCAAAUUAUGUUGUUAAGGUAUCAGAGAUACUUUUGAUAUUUAUUGUAAAUACAUAAAGAAUUUUUAUUUACCUUAAGAUCAGGGAGUUGUAAUGAACAAACUUUGAUUUGGAGAUAAAAUAUACAAAUUUCAUAGAUUAAUCGCAUUUGGUUCAUUGUUUUUUUUUUGUUUUUUUUAUUUGGUAAAUAUUAAUUGUUGGACAUUCUUACUAACAAAAUGCUACUAUCAGAUCAGAUUUUUUUCCGGAAAAUCCAUCACGAAAUAAAUGCCAUAUGAUAGUCAUUGUACAAGAGGAAAUAUACUUGUUAGUAGAUAAAUAGAAAAUACCAGAAGAGGUAGUAUUGUUCGGAGAUACAUUUUCGUUUGUGUAAUACAAUUAAUAAAGUGAAUGUUGAAAAGUAA